AUGCUCUACUUUUUAAAUGUAAGUCGGUUUCUAUUCUUGCUUCCUACUGCUGAGAUUCAGCUUGUUACUGACCUCAUUUUUCUGCAGCCCAAACACUUGCUCACUAAGGUGAAGCAGCUGAUGGAAGAAGCAGUGACUAGGAAGUUUGUACAUGAAGACAGCAGUCACAUUAUUGCUCUGUGUGGUGUGGUGGAGGCAUGCUUUCUGCAUCUCCUGAAGAGGAGGGCCGCCGGUUUCUUGCGGCGUGAUAAAGUUGCAGCACUCUUUAUGAAAGUAGCUAAGACAUGUGCUACUGCUGCAGACAUAUGCAAGAAAGUGCAGGACCUACAGCUGCAGGUAGAAGGCAGGAAGAAUCUCUCCAAUGGGCAGGAAUCAUUAAAGAGACAGAACUCCAGUACAGCAAGACCCGUCACCCUCACACCACAAGCUCUUAAACACAUAUGGGUUCGGACUGCCUUGAUUGAGCGAGUGUUGGAUAAAAUUGUAGAAUACAUUGUAGAUAAUUGCAGCAAAUAUUAUGAGAAAGAAUCUUUAAUGUCUGAUCCAGUUUGUGGUCCAAUUUUGGCUGCUCUUUUGGUGGGUCCCUGUGCGUUAGAAUACACAAAGUUAAAGACAGCUGAUCAUUACUGGACAGAUCCAUCUGCUGAUGAGCUGGUGCAGAGACACAGGAUCCAUGGUACUCAUAGCCGGCAAGACUCCCCCUGCAAACGGCCAGCUCUGGGGGUUAAGAAACGUCACUCCAGUGGUAGCACGUCAGAAGAUAAGUUUGCUGCUUCAGCUAGAGAAUAUGUUGAGUCCUUGCAUCAAAAUUCUAAAACACAUCUUCUGUAUGGAAAAAAUAAUGUAUUAGUCCAACCAAAGGAAGAUAUGGAAGCUAUACCUGGCUACCUUUCGCUGCACCAAAGUGGUGAAAAUCUGACCUUAAAAUGGACUCCAAAUCAACUAUUAAAUGGCACAUUGGGUGACUCUGAGCUUGAGAAAAGUAUAUUCUGGGAUUAUGCACUGAUUAUGCCAAUAAGUCAGAUCGUCUGUAUUCACUGUCACCAGCAGCCAGAAAGCAGAGGGAUCCUUGUGCUGGUGAGUCAGGAUGGUAUACAGAGGCCUCCGCUCCACUUUCCACCUGGCGGUCAUCUUCUUGCAUUUCUAUCCUGCCUUGAAAAUGGACUUCUGCCGAAGGGGCAGUUAGAACCUCCACUGUGGUCCCAACGUGGGAAGGGGAAAGUAUUUCCAAAACUCAGAAAAAAAAAUAGUUCCAACAAAUCAGUUGAUAUGGAUGACAACGCUGUAGAAGAGAUAAGCACUGAUUACGUCUUCAGAAUCAUCUAUGCAGGACACAGGCAUGAUAAUCUCACUAUUAACUACCACCACUUAGCAGCCAGUCGCUCCGUCUCUGUUGAUGAUGAUGAGGAAGAGGAAGAGGAAGAUAGGCUUCACGCUAUGCUGUCCAUGAUCUCCUCUCGGAACCUCACAGCUCCUAAUACGAUGAAAGACUCCAGUGAUGUCAUAGAGAUGCAAGGCUUCGGUGCUAAUCUUUUACCUUGGCAGCAAAAUGACCUCUGCAGCCAGGGCUCUUCCUGUCUUUCCUGCUCCACAGGCAGUUCUCCCUAUGAUAUUUCUAGCUGCUGUAGCUGUGUCCAUGACAGGACACCACUCAAAUUACUGUGUGAAAAUAUGAAGAAACAGAUUGUCUCUCGGGCCUUCUAUGGAUGGCUGGCCUACUGUCGCCAUUUGUCUACUGUUCGUACACAUCUCUCUGCCCUGGUGAAUCAUUCAAUUAUUCCGCCUGAUAAACCUACAGAUGCGUCAGGAGGAUUAACCAAAGAAGUAUGGAGCAAAUAUCAGAAGGAUUUGAAGAAUUACAAAGAGCUGGAGUUGCUCAGGUUAGUGUAUUACGGCGGUGUGGAACAUGAGAUCCGAAAAGAGGUUUGGCCAUUCCUGCUUGGACAUUACAAAUUUGGAAUGACAAAAAAAGAAAUGGAUAGGGUUGAUGAGGCAAUUGCUUCCAGGUACCAAAAGGUAAUGGCAGAAUGGGAGGCCUGUGAGGUGAUCGUAAAGAGAAGAGAAAAGGAAUCUCACUCAGCAAUUUAUGCCAAGCUCUCGUCAGGCAGUAGCAUAGACAGCCAUGUGCUACGUUUGAUUCACCGAGACUCCACAAUCAGUAAUGAUGUUUUCAUGUCUACAGAAGAAGUAGACACAUCCGACAAAGAUUUAAAAGGUCGAAAUAAAGCAUCUACUCUGGUCAAUGCCAACACUACAGCGGCAAUGGCUCCAGCAGAUCCACAGCAGUCUGUGGAAUUUGAUUCUCCAGAUUCGGGUCUUCCCUCUUCCCGCAAUUAUUCUGUGACCUCAGGCUGCCUCUCUAGCAUAGACGAUGGCCAGAGUAUGUGCUUUGAGGAAGAGGAAUCUAGCACAGAGUCCGACAGAACAGAAAUAAAUGUGUGUCCUCCACGAAAAAGCAAAGCUGUCCUCAAAAUGCAGGACUCCAUAUGUGAGGAGCAGCUGUCUGCUGAACUGGAAUAUUUAAACACUGCAGAUGACAUUUCUUCCAUGUGUCCUACAUCAUAUACUAUAGAAUUACUUGACACAAUUGCCUUAAACUUGCACCGCAUUGACAAAGAUGUCCAGCGAUGUGAUCGUAAUUACUGGUAUUUCACAGCUGACAAUUUAGUAAAGCUACGUAACAUCAUGUGCAGCUAUGUGUGGGAACACCUGGAUGUAGGCUAUGUCCAAGGAAUGUGCGACCUGCUGGCGCCACUGAUGGUUGUACUAGAUAACGAUUUAUUGGCAUACAGCUGUUUUACCCAACUAAUGAAAAGAAUGAGUCAGAACUUCCCAAAUGGAGGCGCCAUGGAUACACACUUUGUAAACAUGCGCUCCUUGAUUCAGAUUUUGGAUUCAGAACUAUUUGAGCUUAUGCACCAAAAUGGAGACUACACACACUUCUACUUCUGCUACCGCUGGUUCCUUCUUGAUUUCAAAAGAGAGUUGCUGUAUGAGGAUGUGUUUGCAGUAUGGGAAGUUAUUUGGGCUGCCAAACACAUCUCUUCUGCACAUUUUGUCCUGUUCAUUGCUCUUGCUCUGGUUCAAGUGUACAGAGAGAUUGUGCGUGACAACAACAUGGACUUCACAGAUAUAAUCAAGUUCUUUAACGAAAUGGCUGAGCAUCAUGAUGCACAACUUAUUCUGAGGAUAGCCCGAGACCUAGUUCUUAAAGUACAAACUCUCAUAGAAAACAAAUGAACAUCUGCCUCAUUCAAGUGGAAAACUUAAAACCCAGGAUCAUCAC